AUGCGCUGUGCAGAGCACAAGGUUGCAAGGAAACGACGCCGGAACGAUCUACACGCUAACCCCGGCCGCUGGCUGCUUGGCGUGGCUAGAUACCCCGCCAGUGCUGCUGUCGAUUGGAGUUGCGCCGGCAUGUCCGACCUCGCCUCCAUGACCCCUUCCCUCCCGUUGGCGAAGAGGAGAUGUUGGGACUUGAUCAUCACUGGCGCCUGCACCAACGCCGACGAAGACGUCAAGGUGCUGGCUUCCUUCCGAAAGAGGUACACGUCCGCGCGGAAGGUCGAGUUCAAGCCAACGCCUGCCACCACCAACGCCGUCGCCGUCAACACCACGGCUACGACCACGCUCAACCAUACCACCGACACCGGCGUCGCGGAAACGGCCAACCGCGGCCACGACGACCGUUUCACGACCAACACCAAGAGGAGAAGAGUGUGCAUCCAGGUCGAGUUCUCCGGCCCGCAGCCCAUCAAGGGCCCCGCCGAGCUGAUGUGCAGCCUCCUGUCGGGGUCCUCCGUCUCCGCCCUGCCGGUGUUCCUGACCCGCGGCCGCCGCAGGAAGAAGAGCCGGACGAGCUGCGCCUCGGACGAGAGAGCCGAGGAAGAAGCUGCGGUCACGGACCACGUCGACCCGACGAGCGACACGCUUGUGGAGAGCGCCCUCGACCGCAACGACAACUGUGGCGAUGGAGAAGCUCAUGCGACCCUCAUGAGGGUGGAAGGAGAAGAAACUGCGGUGGCCGCGGCGGCGGCGACGCUUUCCGGACCCGCAGGGCAAAAACCACCACUCCCCCCUCAGGCUCUUUCCGUGGCUGCGGACGACCUCAUCAAGUGGAACGAUUUGAUUCCCCACUUGGACGGAGACACACCGCCCAGGCGGCGGUCGACCCAAGACCUGUCGUCCAUGUCCCCUUCGUCGUCCGUGGGAGGGUUCAGCUCGAGCGCCACCCUCUUGUCCGACGGCGACGAGUACAGCUGCGACGCCAACAUGUCGUCCCGCGAGUCCGCCGCUCAGCUCUUCGAAGACGCGGACAAGGCCAUAGCGGAGUGCUACUUCGCCCCCGUGGACACGGGCGGGAUGCCGGACCUCGCCGGGGAAGCUUUCCCCGUGGACUUCGAUACCGACGUAAAACCCGAGCUGUCCGAGGUUCCUUCGCGGGUCGACGAAGGUGAUGGCGGCGGCUACGUCAACGCCUCAAUCAACAGCUGCAGCACGAAGAUUGAGCGGAAUCCCGCAUCGUCGCCUGUGCACACGAGAACCGAGGGCCCUGUCUUCGACGUUGCCGGCAAGGCUAGCCCAGCUUCGGCCGAUUCCGCGGCAGCGAAGCAAGGGGAGGAGGAGGAGGAGUCGUGGGAGUGGUUUGAUUCUGAGGGGAACGCUCGGGGUAGCCAAGAGGGAGACGUCGCCUUCGGCUGGCUGAGACAGAAAAUCCGGGCUCGUUUCAUCGCACGCCUCGGCCCCGCCCAGAGAAAGAGAGUCGAUACAGCCGUCCCACGAAGCACAAGCGCUACACCUUGGGAUAUAUACAUAUGAUCUUUUCAGCGGAAGACCACCCUCGUCUCCAACAAUUUCCCCAGCAGGAGUGCGACUUCGAUGGUGGUUCGGCCGCUGCUGCGCCGGCGUCAAGUGCGACUUCGGUUUCGGCCGACGGCGUGUGUGCCAGCAGUAGUAGCACCAAGAAGCCGUGUCGCCUGCGCUUCAAGGGGAUCGAAGGCGUGGACUACGGGAUACGGGAUCUCUCGGUCACUGCCCAGUUUUCUGUAGGACCGCUGGGAAACUUGGUGGGAACAGCCCCAACAAAACUUGAGGCCGAUCGUAACGCCUGCGCUGGGUUUUCGAGCUGCACGAUGACGUACCCCAGCAUGGACGAUGUCUGGCCGGAGGUAUACAGCGCGCACUCGGUGAAGGUGGUGGAGGUGCGACCGCCAUUUUGUUGUCUUGACGUUUUUUUUUUUUUUUCCCGUACGGAUGUGGACGCCUCCCGUGGUCACAGGCUACACCCCGAAGCCCGCCUAUUACACCCUGGCGCAUUAGUUCCAAAGGUGGACAUGACAGUGGACGUUCGAUCAAGCGACGGGAAGUGGGUGUACAGCUGGCCCCCCGUUAAGGUGAUGUAUCGGCGUGCGAGAACGGCGACCACCCCGCAGGUCCAACGAUGCGUUAAAAUUCCUCCGUUCCACGCCCUCCCGGACCCGUUCGACCGAAGACCGCGCGCCCUAGAACCGGCGAGCUUCGUGGGAGCGGGGAGUUCCCACAGCAUGCUGAUACGUGAGGCGCUUCACCGACCGUCGUCACCGAUCUCCAAAGAGAUGGACGGGCCCCCCGAAGAAAGCUUCGCCGCGUUGUUGAUCUGAUUCUUUUUUUCUUUUUUUGUUACACAACCACUCGACCCAAUUCGUUUUUGUCCAGUCCGGGAUAAGUUAGUGGUGAAUCAAUCGUACGGCCACAAUACCCUGUUUUUCUAUGACCCCCCUUCCCCUUGAUUCUUGUUUGGAGUGGCGCGGCCGAAGAGAGAGAGAGAGGUCGCGCGGGUACCUGUAGCAGUCCUGGUGACGGCCGUCUGAGCCGCGAUCCCCCCUCAGGAUACUGGCUGUAUACCGUAGGUUUUGAUUACCUGCAAUGUGUAUAAAUAUGUCGUCGUUUUCGUCUGGCAGACUUCCGUGGGAGCAAGCCUCGUGGGUUUCAAUGUAAUAGUGGCGUAUGUAUGGCACCAACGAGGGGAUAACCAUAAGUUGGUGUCACACUGUAGGUAGGUGGUUAUUUAGUGUAGCUUUUUACGACUGUGUUUUGGGGAGAUUUUGUUUAACGGUGAGUGCGGGAGCUGAUGCGCUGAUGCGCCAUGCUUCCGUCGGAGUAGCCUUUGGCGAAGGCCUGACUGGCUGUUGGGUGCCCGGGUAUCCGACCACUUGACUCAAGGUUGAGCCAGUACUCUCCUUCAAUGUACGAAAUAGUAGGGCGUACAUCUGAUUUAGAGGCGGUUUUCCUCUUCGGUAUAGACGAUAUCUUUCUGGUGUUUUAUUUGUCUCGUCUGGUUCGUCUACCAUGUCAAUAUUGCUGUUGCGUUUGGAGGUGAUUGACCGCGUGUCGGCUGUUGGUUCUGUGCCAAAGAUUGACCGUCCGUUGCCGGCUUAGUUUUUAACUGCAGAAGGCGCUACCACUUAGCAUAGGAACCUCUCAUUCUGCCACAACAAGGGCGUCGUUACUGAACUCCUUCUGCUACGGUGGGCGUCUUAUGUUUCGAUCUUUUGAGCCUGGAUUUCGUAGCCCCCAUGUUCUAAAUUGGUGACGCCUUUUGUAUUGUGCUUUUUUGAUGUUGAUGGAGCUGUGGUGUCUGUUUUGGAAGGACAUGGUAUGUUCUCCUGAAUGUGCAUCGGCAGCUAUCUGAUGUCUGUGGAGAUUAUAGUGUGGCGUACUUGCGAAGUAUUGCCGUCUGGUUCGGUUCCUGCCUAAGAUUUGGCGUUACGGGCAUGAAUCGAAUGUUUUUAAUAUUGAUUUGUAUCGACUUGGUUCUCAACAUGUUUUGGUGAGAUUUGUCCUCUCUGUGUUGGUUUGUGUGUUGGAGUAUAUCGCGUUCCUUUAUAUUUCACCCCCCAGGGUCGGGUUGCAGUAAUCUAAACGAUGUCCCGGAGUAGCGUUAGCGCCCGCAUUCGAGCACCUCAAACUUCUGCCGAGGCUCCUCGAUGAUUCUUCUUCUCUCUAUAUGGGGUACCCCACCAUCGACUUUUACGUGGGUGUUGAGUGUAGGAUUCUUGACUGAGCGCCUGUUCUUAAGGCCAAUUUUCUGGGAAUUUUUAUUUUCGUUUUUUUUUUCGCCUGUGAGUCUCUUACCUCUCUCAGGUUCUUGAGCUCGGGCACUGGGCACGCACACCUCUUGUUUCGGGGUUUUACGUUGCGUGAAUGACGCGGGUUCGUUCCAUGGAAGGAACCGGGCAGUUGGUCCGUUGAUGAAUAGUUGUGUUCGCCGUGACGGCUUCUGAUGCUAGGUUUUAAGAUCAGCACCAAGCAAGGCGUGGCACGACCGGUCGCAUGCGGCGCGCCCAUUUCUGCCAGCCGUAAGUGAGGUAUAUGACAGGAGCAUAAAAAUAGGAG